AUGGAUACGAUACUUCUAAGUGCUAUCCUUGUACUGCUGCAAGGCUAUGCAGCAGCUACGUGUCGUUUUCCUGGUGCACCAGCCCACUCCCGGGUCUCCUUCUCUAAUGAGAACUUGACAGAUGGUACCAUCGCAUCCUAUACGUGCGAAAGAGGUUUCGAACUGCUGGGACCCGCCCGUAGACUGUGUGGGCCCAAUGGUAGAUGGACGCCUGAGGGCAUUCCAUUUUGUGUACUGAACGUAGCCGCCGGGAAGGCGCCUAUGCAGAUCUCUACGGAGGACGGUGGGGCUCCACAACGCGCGCUUGACGGCAGCACCUCUGCAGCAUUCAACUCUGAAACCUGCACACUGACAAAGUCAGAACGUGUACCUUGGUGGUACGUCAACUUACUGGAACCUUACAUGGUGCAGCUCGUUAGACUUGACUUCGGAAAACCGUGUUGUGGUGCCAAUAAACCAGCUGUAGUGGUUGUUCGUGUCGGUAACAAUCGUCCAGAUCUCGGAACAAAUCCAAUCUGCAACAGAUUUACGGGUUUUUUAGAGGAGGGCCAGCCUCUUUUCCUUCCCUGCAAUCCUCCAAUGCCUGGAGCAUUUGUCAGUGUCCACUUAGAAGCUACAAGUCCGAGUCAGUUGUCUAUUUGUGAAGCAUUCGUAUAUACAGAUCAAGCAUUACCGAUAGAGAGGUGUCCACAGUUCCGUGACCAGCCUCCGGGCAGUACUGCGACUUAUAAUGGAAAAUGCUACAUAUUUUACGAUCGCCAGCCAUCAAACUUCCGGGACUCUCUCGCAUUCUGUCGGUCUAGAGGAGGAACGCUAGUGGAUGAGAGUAAUCCCGCGCUGCAAGGAUUCAUCAGCUGGGAGCUUUGGCGCAGACAUCGAAGUGACAGUAGCAGUCAGUACUGGAUGGGAGCUGUUCGAGAUCCUCAAGACCCAAACAACUGGAAGUGGGUGAACGGCAAUGACGUCACUGUGUCUUUUUGGAAUGCACCAGGAAGUGGUGAAGGUUGUGCGAGAUUCGAUGGCAGUAAAGGGUGGCUUUGGGCUGACACCGACUGCCAAGCGAGAUUAAAUUAUAUCUGCCAGCACCAGCCUAAAGCUUGCGGUAGACCAGAGCAGCCGCCGAAUUCCACCAUGACCACAGAGAGCUUUGAAGUUGGGGCAUCAGUGGAAUAUUCGUGUGAUGAGGGACACCUUCUUGUAGGCCCGACUGUUCGGACCUGUUUAGAUACCGGUUUCUACGAUGAAUUCCCACCUGUUUGCAAACGUAUAGAUUGUGGUUUCCCUGCUGGGAUAGCGCAUGGAAGCUAUGAGCUGGUGAACGACUCAGCGUCAUAUUUGUCACAUGUCCAGUACUCCUGCGACGUUGGCUACGAAAUGACCGGGCGAUCAAGACUCAUCUGUGACAUUGACGAAAGAUGGAAUGGACCACCUCCAAGAUGCGAUGUGAUCCAGUGCGAAGACCCACUGCCGAUCUUAAAUGGUCGCGUAUCAGUAGUAGGCAAUGCAUCCGUUUUUGGCGCCGUGGCGGAGUAUGAGUGCACACGCGGCUACCGGCUGCAUGGCGCGCGUCUUCGCGCAUGUCUUGCCACAGGGUUAUGGGACCAGCCUGCACCGCAUUGCCGACUGGAGGAGCGGUCAACAACUACAACGACGACUUCCACCACAACAACAACCACGCCAUCAACAACAACGAGUUUUAUUCCCACAACACCUCCGCCAACUACUCCUCUCUUAAUUCUCCCUUCAAAUCCCCGGCCUUCGCCACGCCCGAUUCCCUCCCCUACUCCCUUCUUGCCACCCGACACUUCACGCAGACCACGGCCAAAGAUCACAACGACGGAGAGAUCAACGACUAAAUCAUACGACAAACCACCACCCCGGAAGGUCACAGUUUCAGAUUCACAAGAUUCGUCCACUAGCAACGUCCCACAAAUCAUAGUGGCUAGUCAUCCGAGGGAAAAUCAAAUAAUAGGCAGCGGCAACAACAUUCGAGCGGAGCAGACGCCGCGCGUAAACGUGCCUCAGCCGGUGGACGGCGCGCGGCGUGACGGCGCUCGGCUCAACCUUGGCGCCGUGGUUGCGCUCGCCGCUUUCGGGGCCCUCGUCUUCCUCGUAGCCAUCAUCACAACGAUCGUCAUAUUAGUUAGAAGCAGGAAACAUCACGACGGAAAAAGAUACAGGCAUCACGUAUCCCCGGAUUGCAAUACCGUAGCUUCGUUAGAUUCGUCUUCCUCGGAAUCGCGAAGUGGACUCAAUAGAUACUAUCGGCAAGCUUGGGAAGAGCUUCACGAGGCUGCUGGUGCAAAACAUGGCCACAGAAAUCAUGAAAGAGAAGCUCCUAAAGACGGAUCCGAGCUCGUGGUAUCUGAUGUAUAUCCAGCCCCCCACACGAGAGACAAGAGACGGCAUCACCAUCAUCACCAUCGCGAGCCAAAACAUCCAGAUUGGCAUCCAUCGCACCGUCCACAUCACAAUCAUAAACCUAGAUAUUAA